AUGGAGAGAGGAAGGGUUUGUGGGGUUCUUUUGGUUGUUGGAAUUGUGUUGAGCUUGUCUUUGGUUGAGGGGUUGAAGGGUUUUGAAAGAAGUGGCAGUGUGGAUACAUCCAAUGAAUGGUCUGAGUUGGAUGGAAGCCUGUUUGGAGGAGUUGGUGUAAGCGGAAGAAAUGCGACCGUUAAUGGUGGGAGCGAUUCGGUUAAGCGUGGAAUUACGAAUGGUGGCGGGGGAGGAGGAGGAGGAGGAGGAGGCGGUGGUGGUGGUGGAGAGGGAAGUGGGGUUGGGGCGGAAGUGGCGGCGGUGGGGGAGGUGGAAAAGGCUAUGGAUGGGGAGGUGGCGGAGGGGGAGGAGGGGGAGGNAGGAGGUGGUGGAGGAGGAGGAGGAGGAGGAGGAGGAGGAGGGGGAGGCGGAGGAAGUGGUGGAGGUUGGGGUUUUGGCGGCGGAGGGAGUAGGAGUUUUUGUUGGAUAUGGGGAUGUGGCGGCGGUGACGGGAGGAAAGCAGGGCCUAGAAAAGAAGGCCCGAGAGAGUAG